AUGCACAAUCCUGGGGCUAUGUUUGAGCUGAACAACAACCGCUUCGAGGUGAGCCAUGUGCACAAGGUGGAGUGCGUGGUGCCGUGGCUCAGUGACACCCUGGUCUUCUUCACCAUCUCCCUGCAGCUCUGCCAGCAGCUGAAAGACAAGAUCUCGUAUCAGACUUCCUCCUCACCUCUGCCCUAUGGCCCUGAAAGACUGACCCGCAGACUGACCCGCAGACUGGCCAGGGGGUGCUGUGGACUGCUCAUGGUCCAGAGUCCGAGAGAGCAGAUACAGACUGAACCAGAGCAGCUGAAAGAGCAGAUACAGACUGAACCAGAGCAGCUGAAAGAGCAGAUACAGACUGAACCAGAGCAGCUGAAAGAGCAGAUACAGACUGAACCAGAGCAGCUGAAAGAGCAGAUACAGACUGAACCAGAGCAGCUGAAAGAGCAGAUACAGACUGAACCAGAGCAGCUGAAAGAGCAGAUACAGACUGAACCAGAGCAGCUGAAAGAGCAGAUACAGACUGAACCAGAGCAGCUGAAAGAGCAGAUACAGACUGAACCAGAGCAGCUGAAAGAGCAGAUACACACUGAACCAGAGCAGCUGAAAGAGCAGAUACAGACUGAACCAGAGCAGCUGAAAGAGCAGAUACACACUGAACCAGAGCAGCUGAAAGAGCAGAUACACACUGAACCAGAGCAGCUGAAAGAGCAGAUACAGACUGAACCAGAGCAGCUGAAAGAGCAGAUACACACUGAACCAGAGCAGCUGAAAGAGCAGAUACACACUGAACCAGAGCAGCUGAAAGAGUUCAAUUCAAUCUAUUUUUGUUUCGCACCAAAAUCACAACACUAG